CGAAACUAAAGUGAUUCUAAACUCUCGAAAAAACUUUCUACUUAGUUUAGGUAGACAGUGAUUUGGUUAUAUUAUACACAGAGAUCAUAGAAAACAACAUAAGUACCUACAGAAAUGGCUUCCUGCAGCAGUCUCCUGUCUGAAGAUCAGUUCCAGUGUUCUAUCUGUCUGGAUGUGUUCACUGAUCCUGUCUCUAUUCUAUGUGGACACAACUUCUGCAAGGCCUGUAUCACCAAGUACUGGGACAACAGUGACCUGUGUCAAUGUCCCAUGUGUAAAAUGACUUUUGAUAAGAGACCAGAUCUCUAUGUCAACACUUUCAUCUCUGAGAUGGCUGCUCAGUUCAGGAAGUCAGAGCCAGUGAAAGCUACCAUCAGUCCAGAACUGCGUCCUACUAAACCUGAAGUGUCAUGUGACUACUGUACAGGUACCAAGCUCAAGGCCCUGAAGUCCUGUUUGGUGUGUCUGGCCUCUUACUGUGAGACUCACCUGGAGCCUCAUCAGAGAGUUGCAGCCUUGAAGAAACACAAGUUGAUCGACCCUGUGGAGAACCUGGAGGACAGGAUGUGUCAGAAGCAUGAGAGACCCCUGGAGAUGUUCUGUAGGACUGACCAGACGUGUGUGUGUCUCAUGUGCAUGAGAACAGAACAUAAGACCCAUGACACUGUCACUUUAGAGGAAGAGUUCAGACCAAAAAAGAAUGAUCUGUGGAAGAUGAUGGCUGAGAUGAAGCAGAUGAUUGAAGAAAGAUCUAAGAAGGUUCAGGAGAUCAAACUCUUAGUAGAGACCAGCAAGAGAGAUGCAGAGAGAGAGAUAUCAGACAGUGUUCAGGUCUUCACUGCUCUGGUGCGCUCCAUUGAGAGAAGCCAGGCUGAGCUCAUUGAGGUGAUGGAGGAGAAGCAGAAAGCAGCAGAGAAACAGGCUGAAGGGUUGAUUCAAGAUCUGGAGCAGGAGAUCACUGAGCUGAAGAGGAGAAGCACUGAGCUGGAGCAGCUCUCACACACUGAGGACCACCUCCACCUGCUGCAGAGCUUCCCAUCCCUGAGCACCCCUCCACACACCAAGGACUGGUCUGAGAUCAGUGUCCACAGUGGUCUGAGUGUGGGGGCAGUGAGGAAAGCUGUGUCUCAGCUGCAGGAGACACUCAAUAAAGAGAUGGAGAAGCUGCCUGAAGUCAAGCUGAAGAGGAUUCAGCAGUAUGCAGUGGAUUUGACUCUGGACCCUGAUACAGCACAUCCUAAUCUCAUCCUGUCUGAGGAUGGGAAACAAGUGAGAGAUGGAGACAUAAGGCAGGAUCUCCCUGACAACCCAGAGAGGUUUGAUCGUUGUGGCAAUGUCCUGGGAAAGCAGGGCUUCUCCUCAGGGAGGUUCUACUAUGAGGUGCAGGUUGAGGGGAAGACUAGGUGGUAUCUGGGAGUGGCCAGAGAGUCCAUCAACAGGAAGGGAGCGAUCACGUUGAGUCCUGACAAUGGAUACUGGACUGUAUUUCUGAGGAAUGGAGAUGAGUACUGGGCUCCGGCUGACUCCCCUGUCCUCCUCUCCCUGAGACAGAAGCCCCAGAAGGUGGGAGUGUUUGUGGACUAUGAGGAGGGUCUGGUCUCCUUUUAUGAUGUGGAGGCCAGGUCUCAUAUCUACUCUUUCACUGGCUGCACCUUCACUGAGAAACUCUAUCCACUCUUCAGUCCCUGUCUGAAUGAUGGAGGUAAAAACUCUGCCCCUCUGAUCAUCACUCCUGUCACACAGUGAAAAAAAAGAUGUGGAAAUGCUGGAGUUCAAAAGAAAUGUGAUUACAAAAUAUGAAUCUGAACAAAACUGUUGUGAGUAUGCUGGAGACAAAGUCAUUUAGAUUUUCAAACAUUUAUAAAAACUCUUUAUACAGGGGCAGUGCUCCCCUGGUGGCUCACAGGGUAGAGCAUGAACCUCAGACUGAGGCCUUGACUUGAUGUUCCAGUCCAGCCUGGGACAUUUCCUGCUUUUCUCUCUUUCUUAGUACCUUUCCUGACACUUUCACUCAACUGGCCAAGUUAUAUUACUGGAGCUCGCGUCUCGCCGGUCUCCCAGCAUGCGCAACCCGCCCUCUCCAGAGGAUUCAGAACGCAGCAGCCCGCCUGGUCUUCAAUCUACCCAGACGCUCCCAUGGUACCCCGCUCCUUAUCUCCCUCCACUGGCUACCCAUCACGGCCCGUAUCCGAUUCAAGACCCUGGUACUGACCUUCCGAGCGGUGAACGGGACUGCACCUGCCUACAUCCAGUCUCUCCUCCAGCCUUACACCCCCACCCGCCACCUACGGUCUUCUUCUGACAACCGUCUGGUGGUCCCACCUCUCAAGAGCGCCCGGUCCCAACCCAAGCUCUUCUCCUGUCUGGCCUCCCAAUGGUGGAAUCACCUCCCCACCUCCAUCAGAGACACUGACUGUCUCCCCACCUUCAAGAAAAGGCUAAAGACGCACUUGUUCCGGGAAAGAUUUGUGGAGCAGAUGUUAGUUUAUUUCCUCCAGGAACACAAUGACACUUAUUGAGGCACUUGUUGCACUUGUUAGUUAGUUGUAACUGAUUUAACUUCUUGUACUCGCUGUGAAAUAUACUAUUAUUGCUUGCUUUCCUACAGGUACACUCUUGCACUUUUGAGGUUCAUGUUGUUUAAUUGUAAUUUGUUUAACUACAUGCUCUCAUGUUUCUUCCUAUUGGCACUUAUUUGCUUAUCACAAUGUAUGCUCCAUGCUUUGGCCGCCCGCAAUGUUUUGGGGCUAUCUCGUUGUUUAUGAUUGACCUAUGCACUUUUGUAAAGCUCUCUUUACGACGGCUGGAGGAAGACUAACUUACUGGUCAGAACGUUGCUUAACACAACCACUAUGAAUGGUGUUUACUGUAUAUGAAAUUAUGUAUUUUAUUAAACUUUAUCCAAUUU